AUGACAACACCAGAAACCGCUCUUUCAAAAACAGUCGACAGUCUACAAGAUUGUAUUGACUAUGCAGCUACAAACACAUCAAUAAUAUUGGUAAAGUACAAUGUUAACACUGGCGCUUGUACCGGAUCUACAUAUUACACAGCUUACGGCUACUACACCAACAUAGACAAGAUAGUCAACUAUAUUUUGUCACAUAGAUGUAUGAAUUCUGUUACGAUUUCUGAUGCUGAGAGGUUGAUUAUUGAUAAUUGUAAGUUAACUAGGUCUUGGCAAGGACAUACAUUGUUAAAUAGAGGGCGGAGGAAGAAGUGAGGGGUAGGUAGAUCAAGGAUAAAGAAAGAAGAGGAAGGGGUAGGCGGGUCUAAUAUGUAGGGUAGGGUAGGGUAGGGUAGAAUAGAGCAUUAAAAAAUGUUAAAAAAUUAAAAAUAAUUUCAGUGUUUCAAAUCGACACAUGUCCUCAAGUGUACUUUACUAAAAAUGGCUCAUUUAGCACAGGGUUAUCAUAUUCGUUGUAUACGAAUUACUACUGUUAUCAACCGGUAAAUUAAACUUUUUUUUGUAUUGUUUAAAUAUUGUUAUUUAGGAGUCCACUACAUCUCUAAAUUUUAAAUUUUAGUAUACGAUGCCAAAAACCAAUACAUCAGUCUACGAUGGGCCUUAUUCGAAUUGGCAAGUUGGCAUGGCUAACAUAACAUCAGGCGCCGAUGGUGUUCAAUACAGCAGCUUUAUCAUGAACCGAGCUCGUAAGUUAGAUACACGGAAACUCCUGUAUAACGAGUAUAAAGGAUUUUCUAUUUAUGUAAGCUAUAUAAGUAAGUAAAAAAAAUAUAUAUCUGUAUAUAUAUAUACAUUUACAGAGCUGACGCUGAUGACACAAUACACUUGCGGGCCAUACAUGAGUGAUCGUUUAUACUAUGGCGACCAGAUCUACUGUUAUAACAAAACAGCUUCAUUCAAAGCAAAUGGCACUACUACAACAGCAUGUUCUGACGUUUUAACUGAUGGGUAUCCGAUGAGAUUUGUUAGUAGCAUGGUUUAUGAUAAGAUAUAUGGUAUGUUACUGCAAGUUUUGAUUAGAUUACUUAUAGAUUGUCUUCAGCUUCUUCUUUGGUUCUCUAUAAGCUAAUCUUUCACUCCCCCCCCUUCUUUUAAAACGAAUUUUUGAUUUUGAAAUCUCAUUGUCUAUAUUUACUCUGUAAAGUACUAAUUUUAUGUUAAUAUUGUAGGUAUGCCAAACCUACAAUACAAACCAUUCGCUGGAUUAAUAUUGGAUAGCAAUAAAACAUACAUGUACGCUGAUGGCGCAGCUUUGUCUAAUACAACAAAGCUGAGUUGGGUUAGUGGAUACCCUAAGGGCUAUAAAGUGGUUGUUGUGAGUCAGAACUUGAGUAAGUAUUUUAAUCAUUAUCUAAGGUUAAAUGAAGCUAAUCUGAAGUUAUUUCAAAAGUUUAUGAUUUGUAUAUCUGCAUGAGAAGGUCCUUUCACGGCCUACCAUGUUAAGAUGAGUAAAUUCGUCUUUUUUCCAGAAGUUUAUGACAUUUCCGGCUCAACAACAAGUGUAAUGCAUUGUAUGAGUGACCCAACGGUACGGUCAGGUUCUACAGUGUGUACAGCGACGUAG